UAAAGUGUUUUCCUCGGCUUCUUCUGCAGCUUCACCCCCACCACGAGCACCCAUUCUUCAUACCAGCUUCCAGGGACCGAACCACAGAGUGGUUUGUAUGAGGAAGGAGAUUAAGAAAAGAUAGGCGAUAGGGCUCACGCGGCAAAGGGAACAAAGGUAGGUUAGUGAUUUAGGAGAUAUGCAAGAGCGGCCAUUUGGAUUUACGCCCUGAGUGGGUUCGAUUGACCUCAGUGGGCCAGGAAGAGUGAUGGAGAAUGUGAGAAGAGGUUUGAAGAAGGGUGGAAAGUAGCGCUAAUACGGGGACAGAGCUUCGACCCAUCUGCGGGACAGCUCAAAUCAAAAGUCAGCAGAGGAGAGAAGCAAGUGAAGUGGAAGACAAUGUGUCUAUAAAUGGAACAAGGCAAUGCAUCAAACACAUGAUGAAAUAUUCUAGUUUGUCCUCCCCAGAUGUUUGGGCCUCUUGGGUGACACGGGGUCAGUUUUGAAGGUGAUUAAAUGCUUUACGUUCACAACUAGGAGUGCAGAAGGAGAUCAUUUAUGUUGCCGAGACUACGAUCUGUGUUGCUGAUAUAGCAAAUAAUCUUCCUUACUGAAAGAAUGGAAAUUAAUCCGUUCUAUCCUCCCCUCUUCAAAAAACCAAAAUGUUUUAUUUACUUUCUCAAAAGAAAAGCACUCUAAAAUAUUGUACUUGAUGAAAACAAAUAGUAAGCACAUUGCAGUUGAAUAGAAUGUGAGGAAUUAUGUGCGUCAUGGUUGUUUGUGGCUUUUUCUGGUGUGUGAGUGGAAGGGGGCAGUAUGCUGUUACAAAUGAAGAAGAGUUUCACAACUACUACAGUGUUUUAGCACAAAAUGAGAAAUAAUUACAUUUAAGUAAAUGAACAUGUUUGUAUAAUACUGUAAAUGCUAAACACAUGUUCUUAUCCCUUUAUUUGAUUAGGGAGAGAGGGGAACCAUCGAAGAUUUCUCAUCAUGAGCAGCAAAAUCGUCACAGCAGCAGCACGUUGUGCAUCAUUUCAGGCGAAAGUGGUCCCCGGUUCCCAUGGGUCGACGUCUUCACGGCCGAGGCGCUCCCUAGUGGCGGGAAGGAGAGGUGCAGCUGGGGGGGGUUUAAAAGCAGCGAGUGGGGAGGAGCGGCAAGUCAAAGCGAGGAUCUACACAGGCAAAAGUUGAUCUUUCAUCCAUCGUGCAAGUGCAUCCAUUCUAAGGAGAGGAGACGAAAUGGCAGCCCAGACUCACCAACCUCACCUGCACCUGGCCGAGCUCACUGCAGCUCAGUUCAUCGACAUCUGGAAACAUUUUGAUGCAGACGGAAAUGGCUACAUCGAAGGGAAGGAACUGGAAAACUUCAUUAGAGAGCUGGAAUUGGCCAGACGAGGAGCAGGCGUGGAUCCUUCACAUGCUGCAUUCAAGGAGAAGAUGAGGGAGUUCAUGGCCAGUUUCGACAAGAAUUCUGAUGGGAGGAUUGAGAUGACAGAGUUGGCUCAACUUCUGCCCACAGAAGAAAACUUCCUGCUAUGUUUCAGGGAAUUUGUGGGAUCCAGCACUGAAUUCAUGGCCGCUUGGCGAAGGUAUGACACCGAUCGUAGCGGAUACAUUGAGUCGAAUGAACUGAAGGGCUUCCUGACAGACCUGCUGAAGAAAGCCAACACAAGUUAUGAUGAUAAGAAGCUCAGUGAAUACACGCAGACAAUUCUAAGAAUGUUUGAUCUGAACGGCGAUGGGAAACUCGGUCUCUCCGAGAUGGCAAGGCUCUUGCCGGUACAGGAGAAUUUCUUGAUGAAGUUUCAGGGCAUCAGGCUCACAGUCAAGGAAUUCGACUCCCUCUUCACACUCUACGAUAAGGAUGGUAAUGGCUACAUCGACGAGCAGGAGUUGGAUGCUUUGCUGAAGGACCUCUCUGAUAAGAAGAAAAUGGACGUAGAUGUCACAGGACUCUCGGGGUACAAGAAAAGCAUCAUGGCUCUGUCGGACGGAGGGAAACUGUUUCGCAACGAGUUGGAGAUCGUCCUCUGCCGGGACUCUGAGCUGUAAGACCCCCACCACCACCCCACCCACUGCCUCCUUCCUACCUCCUGGUGCAUGUAUGACCCUGCUUACACUGCUAGAAAGAAAACUAAAAGCGCUCCUAAAAGCACUCAGUCAACUGCUGGCCCUUAACAUUGAAGAUUUCCAACAUGACGCUCCAUGGUGAAAUAGCCUUAGCAAUUGAAUAUAUUGUGGAAUCAGUUUUUAUUUAUUUAUUUUUUAUUUCCCAUUUUAAUAUGCAUUUGCAGUUUUACAUUAAUCCAUCUAUGCCCUACUCUCACUUAAUGCUUCUGUUUUAUUCUGCUUAUUUUUGUCAAAACCAAUUCACUCUUGUUUAUUUUAUGAAGCUUAUACUGUUCUAAUAAAU